AUGUCAGCCAGAAAGGGCUAUCUGCUCCCUUCGCCAAAUUAUCCCACAACAAUGUCCUGCUCGGAGAGCCCUGCCGCGAACUCGUUUUUGGUCGACUCGCUCAUCAGCCCAGGCAGAGGCGAGGCGGGUGGCGGUGGCGGUAGCGCGGGUGGCGGUGGAGGUGGCUACUAUGCCCACGGUGGGGUCUACCUGCCGCCUGCCAACGACCUGCCCUACGGGCUGCAAAGCUGCGGGCUCUUCCCCGCGCUGGGCAGCAAGCGUAAUGAGACGCCGUCGCCCGGAGGCGGUGGCGGUGGUGGCAGCGGGGCCCUGGGUCCUGGGACGCAUGGCUACGCGCCCGCGCCCCUAGACCUAUGGCUGGAUGCGCCCCGCUCCUGCCGGAUGGAGCCGCCCGACGGGCCGCCGCCACCGCAGCCACAGCCCCAACAGCAGCAGCCGCCGCCCCCGCCGCAGCCACCCCAACCCCCGCCACAGGCCACUUCGUGUUCUUUUGCGCAGAACAUCAAAGAAGAGAGCUCCUACUGCCUCUACGAUUCUGCGGACAAAUGCCCCAAAGGCUCGGCCACCGCCGAUCUAGCCCCUUUCCCGCGGGGCCCGGCGCCCGACGGCUGCGCCCUGGGCGCCUCCAGCGGAGUGCCAGUGCCGGGCUACUUCCGCCUGUCGCAGGCCUACGGCACGGCCAAGGGCUUCGGCGGCGGCGGCGGAGGCGGCGGCGGAGGUGGCACGCAGCAGCUCGCUAGUCCCUUUCCUGCGCAGCCCCCGGGGCGCGGCUUCGACCCGCAGCCCGCUCUGGCCUCUGGCUCGGCCGAGGCAGCCGGGAAGGAGCGAGUCCUAGACUCCACGCCACCCCCCACGCUGGUUUGCGCCGGUGGCGGCGGCUCGCAGGGCGACGAGGAGGCGCACGCGUCAUCCUCGGCGGCUGAGGAGCUGUCCCCGGCCCCUUCUGAAAACAGUAAAGCCUCGCCGGAGAAGGACUCCCUGGGCAAUUCCAAAGGCGAAAAUGCAGCCAACUGGCUCACAGCAAAGAGCGGCCGGAAGAAACGCUGCCCUUACACGAAGCACCAGACGCUGGAGCUGGAGAAGGAGUUUCUAUUCAACAUGUACCUUACUCGAGAGCGGCGCCUAGAGAUCAGCCGCAGCGUCCACCUCACGGACAGACAAGUGAAAAUCUGGUUUCAGAAUCGCAGGAUGAAACUGAAGAAAAUGAACCGAGAAAACCGAAUCCGGGAGCUCACAGCCAACUUUAAUUUUUCUUGAUGAAACUU